AAGUCAUUGUUGUGAACCCACGUAAGAUAACAUCGACAAAUGCUCUUGAUAAAAACAUCCAAGUAAUCACUCCCAAAGCAUUAGUUCGUUAUCGAAUAUGAGUCAAUUCACCAAGAAGGUGAAGGACUUGUGUUCUUCGUCGAAUCAAACUAGUGUUAAACCUUCGCGAGGGUUCGACCUAAAUGAUGCCAUGGAGAGGUUUGAGUGCCCUCCGCCUACUUACCACCCAACGACUUCGCAAAAUAUCCGCGAUGUUUUCCUCCGAGCUCAACCGAUCUCCUUCCACGUGAAUGGCACUCUGGUAACAGUGGACACGUCCCAAGUCCCUCCAACGACGAGUUUGGCGCGUUUUCUGCGAUCCCAUCUCCAUUUGACGGGAACCAAGAUCAGCUGUAAUCAGGCGGGAUGUGGAGCCUGCGUAGUGUCCACUUCAUUGGUGGAUCCAGCCUCUGGAGAAGAGAGGCACAUGAGUGUCAACUCAUGCAUAACGCCCGUUUACAAAUGCCAAGGAUGGAAGGUCAAAACGGUGGAAGGGUUGGGAAGUCAACACGCAGGAUUUCAUCCCAUUCAGCAGAGACUGGCCGAGUUAGAUGGCACUCAAUGCGGGUUUUGCAGCCCUGGAAUGGUAAUGAUGAUGAAUGGAUACCUCGAAGGCCAUCCCAAUCCCACUCAAAAAGACAUAGAGGGAGUUAUUGACGGGAAUAUUUGCCGUUGCACGGGAUAUCGGCCCAUCUUUGAUGCGUUCAAAUCUUUUGCUUCCGACGCACCUCCCGAGCUCCUCAGGAAGGUCAAUGACAUUGAAGAUCUCGUGUCUACUGACGGAUUCUUCCCAUGCCCGAAGACCAAACAGCCGUGCCAAGGUCGAUGUCAUCCCAAUGACUCAAGGAUCAUCCAAUUCAUUCAAUCCAAAGAGGGAAAUGAGUGGAUCAAACCCAACAACCUUGAAGAUCUUUUGGCCCUGUUGGAUGAUUUGGCCCCUAAUUCGAGCUACAGAUUAGUGGCCGGCAACACUGGGACAGGUAUUUUCAACGAUGAUGGUCCUUAUAAGAGUUUCUUUGACAUCUCCGCCAUCCCGGAACUAGUGACCAUCACUUUGGAUCCAUUUAAUGUUGGAGGAGGUGUGUCAUUGACUAAGUUUAUUGAAAUCUUAGAGCAACAAGCAAGUUCAAAAGGUGUUGAUUAUGCUCAUGGAGCUCAAAUGGCUAAGCACAUUAAAAAGGUUGCAAACACAAAUGUGAGAAAUGUUGGCUCUGUUGGGGGCAAUCUGAUGCUAAAACAUGCUCACAAGGACUUCCCAUCGGAUAUUUUUGCUCUCUUGGAAGCGGCUCAAGCCAAGAUUGGAGUAAAGUCAACAACGGGAGAAAUUCUUAUGUACAGCCCAGUCGAUUGGCUAUCCGUUUCUAUGGACAAGAAGAUUCUCUUGUUCAUCAAUUUCCCCAAAUUUACGUCCAAACAUAGGUUCAUGUCAUACAAGAUCACUCCCCGAAGUCAAAAUGCCCAUGCUUAUGUGAAUGGUGCCAUGUCUAUUCAGAUCAAUGACAACUAUGAUGUUGUGGAAAGGCCCGUCAUUGUAAUGGGAGGGAUCAGUGAACUCUUUUUCCGACCAGCUAAUACCGAAAAUCUGCUCGUGGGCAAGAAUUUGAUGGCUCGAAGUACAUUGGAUGAUGCUUUAGCCACUCUUGAGUCAGAAGUGGUACCAGAUUCAAAUCCAGUUCUAGCCACGAUACAGUAUCGAACCCAUUUGGCCAAAGCUUUGCUGUAUAAGUUUAUUUUGAGUGUGAUCAAAGAUGCCGUGGAUAGUUCUCUGGUGAGCGGAGCAACCCAAAUUGAUCGCGGUGUUUCAAGGGGAACCGUCACUUAUGACACAGAUCCCAGCCAAUAUCCCAUGCAGCAACCCAUCCAUAAGCUAGAAGGUCAAAUCCAAUGCACAGGCGAGGCCGAAUAUGUGGAUGAUAUUCCAGCCUCGCCAGGUGAGCUUUUUGCUGCUUAUGUCCUCUCCAAUGUUGCCAAUGCCGAUGUGGAUCAGGUCGAUACCACACUGGCUAUGACCAUGCCCGGCGUGGUUGAGUUUGUCAAUUUUGAGGAUAUACCCGGAAGAAAUAGCACAAAUGGGACCGGAACGCCGGAGGAGAAACUCUUCACUGACGGCAAGGUUUAUUAUGCAGGUCAGGCCAUUGGUUUGAUUUUGGCUGAAACGUACGAGCAAGCUAGGCAAGCUGCCAAGGCAGUGAUUGUCACCUAUAUCAAUCAAUCGAAGCCUAUUCUCGAUAUUCGCGAUGCUGUUGACAACCAUAAAAAGACCAACGUGCGAGCGAAGGUCCCUUUGGUGGUGAAGAAAAGGGGUAUUCAAAAGGCCAAUGAUGCGACGGGCCCAUUGAGAUCCGUUCAAGGCGAGUUUGAGAUUGGCUCUCAAUACCAUUUCCACAUGGAAACACAAUCGUGUAUUGUCCGACCCAUCGAGGAAGGCCAAUUUGAGGUCUUUUCGGCCACACAACAUAUGGAUGGAGUGCAAAAGUCCAUCGCCAUGGCAUUGGGGAUCAACAUGAACAAGAUCAAUGUGUCUGUGAGGCGUUUAGGCGGAGCCUAUGGAGGCAAAAUCAAUCAACCUCAUUUCAUUGCCGCAGCUUGCGCCGUGGCGGCUAACAAAGUCAAACGGUCCGUCAGAUUGGUCCUUGACCUACAAACGAACAUGGCAUUGUGCGGAAAACGUGUGCCAUACUUGUUCAAAUACAACGUUUCUGUGGACUCUGAGAAUAAAUUGCAAGAUGUGACAGUGGAUGUGUUUGCUGAUGUGGGUUACAACGAUGCGGACGAAGAUACAGACAUGGCCAAAUACUGGCUACAAAAUUGUUACAAUUCGCCAAGCUGGAAAGUGAAUUGCUUCGACGUGUUGACCAACACACCCAUCAAUACUUAUUGCAGAGCGCCCUCCUCAACUCAAGGACAUGCCUGUAGUGAAAUCAUGAUGGAGUCAGUGGCCGUGGCUUUAGGAUUGGAUCCCCUCGAGUUCCGCCUCGGCAAUUUAUUGUCUCCUGGAGAUCCCACUCUUCAAGGUGCUCCUUUCGAGGGGCCCAUGGCACUGCCAGAAAUUAUCGCGGCUCUGAAGGCCUCAUGUGAUUAUGAUGCAAGAAUGGCCGAAGUAUCGACCUUCAACCAGCAUAAUUCGUGGAAGAAGCGUGGAUUGGCUCUGAUUCCUCAAAGAUGGCCCCAGGAUUAUGGUGGCCGAAAGUACACGUGUCAAGUGGCAAUUUAUACGGAGGAUGGAACAGUGGCUAUCUCCCACGGUGGAAUAGAAAUGGGACAAGGCCUAAAUACCAAGACUGUCCAAGUGGUGGCAGCCACAUUGGAUGUUCCUUUGGACAUGAUAUCUGUCAAGGUUUCAAACAAUUUUGUGGCCAAUUCCAAUUGGGUGACCGGAGGGAGCAGAGGAUCAGAACUCGUCCCCGCUGCGGCUUCCAUGGCCUGCUCUGAACUGGUUGCUAGGAUGAAACCAAUCGCUGAUGGUUUGGGCGGAAGCCCUGACUGGUUGACUUUGAUCCGGGAAUGUGACAAGCAAGGAUUGGACUUGGUAGCACGACACACGACGGUGGCGAGAAAUGAUAACAUCAAGAAUUAUGACAUUUGGGGUGCAGCUUGCGUUGAGGUCGAGGUCGAUGUUUUGACCGGAGAGAAGAACGUCCGAAGGGCAGACUUGGUGCAGGACACAGGGGCGUCAAUAAGUCCAAAUAUCGAUGUGGGACAAGUGGAAGGAGCCUUUGUCAUGGCCCUGGGGCUCUGGAUGACGGAAAAGAUCAAAUACGAUCCCAAGGAUGGACGAUUGCUUACCAAUGACACUUGGGAGUACAAACCCCCGACCAGCCAAGACAUUCCCGAGGUCUUCAAUACCACGUUUUACAAUAACGGAAACGCAUCCAAAGGGGUUCUUGGGGCCAAAGCGACGGGAGAGCCACCUUUUUUGCUCGGAUUUGCCGCCUUCAUUGCCAUUCGAAAUGCUAUCAAUGCCGCUAAAGAGGACCUGCAAGCAGAUCCAACGGUUUGGUAUGAAUUAGAUGCACCAGCCACCAACGAGAAUGUUCAACUCACCACAGGAGUCACCUCGGCCCACUUUUGGGUUUGAUUGAGGAAGGCCUCACCGAAGGCACCAAACAGGAUUGAGAACGUUGUUGCGAGUGAAAAUGAAUAAACAUAGAGUCUUGAUUAAGA